UCCGUGUGAUUCUACCUGGAGCUCACUGAUACACCUGCUUCUCAGGUGUCAACACACGGACGGAUGCUGAAGGAAAAACGUCAUUUGCUAGCACAAAACUGUACUCAUCCCCAUGAGACCAGCGGCAUCAUGAGAUCAAGCUACAUUUUCCUGCUACUUUACCUCAUCUGGGGUUGCUUUGGGUCAUCUAGUCAACAAGGCGAGCCAACCUGCAACUCGACCGGCCAGAGACCAGAUGCAGCAUCAUGCUUCCUCCAGUGUGUUGGUUCGCCUGCAUCAAACACCGGAAGAGAUCACAUGAGAAAUCUAAAAGCAAUGCUGGAAGCUGCAAUGGAUGUUUAUACCUUCAUGAGAUCCAGCGCAAGAGGAGCUGACCUCAGCCUGGAGGGAGCCAUCUUUUUAGAUCCAAAUGCGGAGCCUCUCCACAAUGAAGCCCUGGUAGAGAUGUGGAUGGAGGUCAAUGUGAGACCGCUUUUGACCUCAAUCAACAGACAUGUCCUGGCCUGCCUCAGCACCAAGAACUUCAGCUGCUCCACCUACCAAACAAUGGUGAAGGAGUUCAGCCAACAUUUCUCUGAGAUGAUUCCUGCCAGACAAAAAUGGAUCUACUCAUUCUUCAUGUAUCCCUUCCUGUCAAGACAUGGAAUCAAUGGUUGCGUAAAUCCAAACGAAAGUAGUGAAGACUGGCUGAUGAAGAAUUUCGGUGCGUUCAGUGUCAUCGCUAGAAUUUUCGACUUACCAGCGCUCAACAUGGUUUUCAGCGGCCUGGAAGUUCUUCACCUACUGUCUCCGGCUCAGAAGGCUGAGCUGCUGAUGAGGCCCGAAGUAGCGGGCUUGAGCAACGACUCCCUCUCGCUGAUCUUUCACAGUUUGAUGACAGAUGAUCCACCACCCAACACCAUCCAUUAUGGAAGGAACCCCAACUGGACCGAGCCUAGAUACCCCCAACAGGAAUACAGCCCUCCGUCCCCUCACAUCACCCUCAGAGAAGUGAUCCAAGGCAUCACGAUGACUUUCAAACCCAUCACAAGCUUCGUCCAUGACUUUGUCGCCUUCACCAAAGAGAGAGACGUGUCAGAAAUCAGAAGCAGCACACUGAUGCAGUUCCUGCUCAACUGGACUCUGGCAGAGGUGGCGAGUCAAUACAGCCCGUAUCCGGCACCCGUCGCCCCAGAAAUGCUGGAAUUGGACAAAAUGGAGGACUGGUACCGACGUGUUGUCCUGCCCAUUCUACGGAGGUUCUCUGACGACGAACAAGCCCUAAUGAGUGAUCAUCUCGUGCUCACCUUUCAUCAUGUCUUCAACUUGGAUCACAAUGUGGACAAUGAAAUGGACGACAUCCAAGAUGUUUGCAGCGUCACUCUUGAUGGCAAUCCUUGCGGGUUGACUGAUGCAGUUGAAAAGACGGCACGUAUCAUGCACUGUGCAGCUCGAAGCAACCUGACCAUGUCUGAGGAGAACAUCAUGAGGCUGAUUUUGGAGCUGACGGAACGUCUUAAUUUACUAAUCCAGGAGUUUGCCACAGCUAACUUCACAGAGGUGGCAUCCGACUUCCGGGAGAUCUUUAGCGAGGCCGACUCACACGCUCUUACUCAGGAAAACCUCCACGACCCGGAAUUCAUCACCAUGUGGUUCCACAUCAAGCUGUCACCCCUCCUUCCUGACAUCCCCAUCAGCUUGCUCUCCUGCCUGAGCACCAACAACUUCUCCUGUCCAGCCUAUCAAACCCUUGUUGCUCUCCUCAGCAAACACAUCAACUACUUUGAUCCGCAUCCAGUCCACCACCAAAACAUUUACACGCACUUCAUCUACGUCUUCCUGAACACGUCCAACUUGUGUUUCUCAGGUAACAGCAAAGAAUGGCUGAGGAAAAAUUUUGGCUCUUUCUCAAAAGUUCCUAACAUCACCGACUUCUAUGACCUCAACCCAAACUUCUCAAGCCUGGACGUUCUGGACGAGCUGUCUCCAAGACAGACGGCCCAGCUGAUGCUGGUGCCUCUCCCAACUCCUCCCGAGAAGGACGUGGUCAUCCGUGAGGUGUUUGAUUUCCUGCUGGAGUCUCCCAGAGAGAGGAAGCUUCUCAAGGUUUUGCAUCAUCUGCUGCUUCUGGUUCCUGAGGUCCAACCUCCUUGUGAAGUCUUCAAAACCAUUUUUGAACAGCUGCAAAGAGCCAUCGUGUCCGUGCCGCCUGAUAUGGAGAUUCACAUUCGAGAAAUACUGGACCAACUCAUCCAAUCCACGCCUGAAGACUGUCUGCCUGACAACAUCCAGUGCUUGGUGAUUCCGAUCAAUGCAAUUGCCGUCUGCGAGAGAAUCGACAGCUCUGACCUUCAUUUGGCCUUGAGUACAUCUAUGGACGUCCCUUGCAACUUUACCCUGGACGAAUAUGCGUGUGGACAGCUGCAGAACUUCACGGCCGUUCAACUGGCGUCUCUUCUGUCGUGUAAUCUCAUCGGAGACAGCAAACGUUCCGUCGUGCUAUGGAAGAUCUUGCUCAGUAAUCUUUCCACCAUCUUGGAUCCGGCUCUGGACAUUCUGGCCAGCAUGCCUGAGAAUACAAUCGGACCAUCUGCUCCUGAGAUUCUGGACGUGAUCGGUGAGAUCCGCGUGGCAGUGCUGACCGAUGAACAGCUGAGGAACAGCAGCGUCAUCACCAGAUGGUUCUCAAGGCGCCUGAAGGCCUUCUUGCCGUCAGCAUCCAACAAUUUCCUCCGCUGUCUGAGCCACAGGAACCUCAGCUGUCAAUCUUACCAGCAAAUCCUGGACGUUUUCAAGCAACUCUAUGACAAGAUCAACGACAAGGAGCGGAUCUUGCAGGAGUUCAUCGUUAACUUCCUAUCUCGGCCAGUCUCAGGACCAGGCUGCCUAUCGGGGUUCAACAGCAGCGCAGAGUGGCUGUUGGUGAACGUGGGUCAAUUUUCCGAGUUCUUGACCCUCGAAGAGAUUCUGCGGCUCAACCCGGAGUUCAACCCUCUGGAGGCCCUGCCUCUGCUGUCUUUACGCCAACGGCUGGACUUGCUGUUGACUCCGCCUUCCGGUCUCCCGGAGACAGACGUCAUCAUCAAUGCGCUAUUUGAUCAACUGACCGACUCUCCCGAGGAACGCUUGAAAAUUCCUGAAUUUCUCAAACAGCUUGUGGGAUCCCUUCAACCGCCAUCCAAAGCGAACCUUUCCUGUUCCUCCUACGAGACACUUUUCACAAGACUGGACCAGGCCAUGCCAACCGUUCCUCUCCAUGUGGCGUCGUCCAUCUCUUCCAGCAAGCUGGAGCUGGCCGAGCUCCUUCCGCUGGGUUGCGUCAUAUACAGCGGAGAGUGCACUGUAACCCCAAUUAAUGACACAACGAUAUGUACGGCGAUCAACAGCACGGCACUCCAGCUCCUACUGGACAACGGAACCCACGGCGAACAUCUCUGCGACUUUUCCGUGGAGCAAGUUGCGUGUGCAUCGCUGGCGGCGCUAACGGCUCGGGAUCUGGCCAUGAUCUUUACGUGCAACCGUUCGGCCAUCUCCAGCAGCAGCUUACCCGUGUGGAAGCUCCUGCUCACCAAAUCCUCUCACUUGCUGAACGCUUCUCUAGACCUCCUCGCCAACAUGACAUUUAACCCCGGGAAUUCUUCGGCCUCUGUGAUUUUGAACGCUAUCCGAGAAGUAGAAUUGGACACCUUCCCAGAAUCCUACGUGAAUGAACCCGACCUCAUCGACCUCUGGUUCAACCACAGGCUACGGCCGUUUCUCCACGCAGUCUCGCCGGAUUUCCUCUCAUGUCUCACUACCAAGGAUUUGAACUGUAUCAGCUACCGACAAAUUUUGCAGGCGCUGAGUCACGUCCAGCCAAACAUGAGCAUCGCCGUACAGACGUCCGUUUUAAGACGAUUCAUCGUGACCUUCCUGAUUCGCAAUGACACCGACGAUCCCGGCUGCAUCGCCCAAAGCAACAACAGCGGCGAAUGGCUGCAGUUGCACUUGGCCGCCUUCUCUCAUCUUCUGCUCCUCAGUGAGAUUCAGCUGCUCCACAGGAACUUCUCAGCGUUUGAGGCCUUGCCACAAUUAACGCUGAGACAACUCGCUGAAUUGUCCUCCACGCCGGGGGCACUCACCAGCCGUGCCCAGGUCACCAUGGUGAUGACGCAUGUUCCCAACCGGUUCCUGUCCAACUUCUAUGACGAUUUCUCCCCAUCUAUCGAGGGUAAAGAAAACCUAUUCCCUGUCCCAGUGAGGGCAGCCAUGUUGGAAGUUGUGUUCGAUCGUGCGAAUCUCUCCGACCCAUCCGUCAGCGACGCCGCGGUGUCCGUGUGGCUCCGGAAACGACUGCCUCCUUUGCUGUUCCAACUUUCCCCGGAGCAUGUUUCGCCGUUUUUCGAAAUCCUGUCCUCAAAGAACUGCAGCGUCGAGCGGCUGGGAGUUCAGGAGCUCAAUAUCACCAUUUCAAGUCUCAGUGAACCAACACAGACAGAAAUACACGACCACAUCGUUCAGGCUCUUGAAGGACCAGUACCUCUACGUUGCUAUGCCAACAACCAAAGUUACUACCGCUUCCUGGAGAGUUCCUUCCUGGGCUUCCAGUUACCCAAUCUGACCAACUUCCUGUCGCUCAUUCCUCAGGACAGGCGGAAUCAGUUGGUGAGCUCCAUAGCUCCAUCGGAGCUCGGCAGCUACCUCCGCCGGCCUGACGUCGUUGACGACGUUUCUGAACUUUGCACCAUCUUUGACAACUACCGCGAGACACCCUUCUUCUUGGAGACGGAAACACUCCCGGCAGCAGUGAGGAAGCCCACGCUACCCUGCGUGUGGCCUUUGGCUCUCAGCAGUUCCACCAGAUCGGAGGCGAACGCCUGGUUCGAUCGACGCCUCGCCGACUACUUGAAUUUCCUCACAAAGGAUCUCAUCGGAAACGUCACCACGUUCGACACCUCCUGCUUGGCCUUUCAGAAAGUUGUCUCCGUUCUCGGCCCGUUCAACUUUUCCGCCGCGGAUUUUGUGAGGCGAGAUGUGUUUGAUACCAUCAUGACCUAUCUCAACUCAGUGUCUGAGCCAAAGUGUUACAACGCAAGCGACCCAGAACUCAACUCAACUGCAUGGUUUGCGGAAUAUAUUGGACCUUUCAUUCAAUUUGUCACGCUGGAGGAUUUUCUCCUAUUUGGAUCCCCAGAGGUUCUCCAGGUGUUCACUGUGGACCUCCGGAACAUCGCCAUCUUCAACCAAACCGUCCUCCCUGUCAAUGUCAGCAGCUACUACACAGAGCUGCUAUACAAUCAGGACAGCAAUUUUAGCCCCAUACUCCUUCCUCUGCGGUUUCGUUGCUUCGCGCCAGGAAUGGCGUUCACCCAGUUAUCGGCAGAUGAAAGCAUGAUCAUUCUGCGCAACCUAACCACCCUGUGCACUGACCUGGAUCCACAGGUGGGCGCUGCUUUGGCGGCUAACUUCGGAAACGAGAUUACCGCCGCAAUAAUCGUGGCCCUCGGCUCACAAAGCACUGGUAUGUCAAUGGGCCAGAUCAAAACUAUCGACCCCGAGGAUCUCUUCGCGGCCUUGGGCACACUUAGCAACGUGACGGGCUGGCGUAGAGGCCAAGCCAAGGCCAUUGUCCUGGCUCUUCUAUCCUCGGGUCUCAUUAAGAUCGACGACGCGUCGUCACUCAUGGAGCUGGGAACUCUCAUCAUGGGCGUACCCGCAAAUAUUUUCAGGAACAUUGACGGAGUUAAGCUAACCAAUAACCCAAUAUUUCUGACGUACAUCGCCACCGCACCACCGAUUAUCCACCGGGUUUUUGUGUCCCAGAUCAUCUCAGUAGAUAGCAGCAGUGACGUGAUCGUGAAGAACGUUCCAGACGAUUUGGCGACGGAGAUCCCCGGCACUCUGCUUUUGGGCGUGAGCAGCAAUGAGACUGUUCUCAGAAGGCUCAACAAAAAGAAAUGGAAACGCAAGCAGGCUGAGUUGUUCUUCGAGGUCGUCGCUGCGGAAACGGCCACAACGCUGCUGGGAAGCGCAAACAAUUUGUCGUCGUCUGUUCUACAAGGCUUCACGUGUACUUCAGUGAGGACCUUCGAAAAGCCGCAAGUCAAAAGGCUGGUUCGAGCGUGCCGGAGGAGAGGCAGGAACAGGGUCAAGCUGGCGGAGACUCAGCUAACCUGCAUGUACAACAACAUCAGGGACGAGUCGGACGUCAGCAACUUUGAACUUUACCCUCCGGAUGUGUUGCUGUAUUACAAUUACUCGCUGGUGCCUCAAGUCAACUGCAGGUCUUACUUUGAAGAGCUGGCAGAAGCCGACUUCUCCGUCUUUUCUCCCGUGCUCAGCGGCAUACCGAGCGUUCUGUUUGGGAAUGCGAGGAGCUGCCUGGAUAUCACGAGCCAAAGCUUGACGGAGAACGACAUAUCCGUGUUAGGAAACAUGUGUUGCACUUUGGACGGCGUCUAUAUCAGCAACUCGGACGAAUCCAUCCUGGGAACUCUACAAAACUGCCCAGAGCUCAAUGAGGUCCAAGUCGCCGCAGUGGAAGCUCUCCUGGAGAGCGGCAACACAAAAUACGGCCCUCCUUCAAAUUGGACCAUAGCAACCUUGGAGGCUCUUGGGAUGUUACCUCUUUUUUUGACGUCGAACUUCUAUGACAACUUCGACAGAGGAACAAAGCGGAGUUUCUUGAAGGACUUCUUGAAGGUUCUCAAGGAAAACGAUGUGGAGAAACGGAAGCGGAGGAGCCUGAGGAAAGAAAUCAGAAAGUCCAUUCGAAAUAAAGUCAAGCGAUCACUCGAAAGCGAGUGCACGGUGGGAUACAUCACACAGGUGAGCAUCAGCGACGAGCUCUUCCCCUUCGACUACUUCGACGUCAACCAGUUCAACUGCUGCCUCAACGCCACCGUCGUCAGAGACAACUUGGGAGCCAUCACGGAGAAGGUGGACCAGGACGACUACCUCAAGAUCGUUCUGGAAAAGCUGCGAGAGGCAUAUGCAAGCCAGUCAGGGAUCCCGGAGGAUCAGGUGGAACUUCUGGGACUGGCGUCACGUCAAGCCACCGGUGACGACAUCGACUUGUGGAACAUCACGUUGGUGGACACGCUCUCGGCUCUUAUGGAUCCAUCCAACGGGCCCUGGAACUCAACUCUGGCCAAGCAGAUCAUCACCAAAUAUCUGAGUCACGACGGGAACAUGCUCGGCAGCGCAGAGCUCAGCGCUAUCGGAGGAGACAACUUGUGUUCCCUAGAUGAAAAUGUCCUACAAACUAUUUUGCCACAAAGUCUCAGAAACGCCAGUGUCUUGAAUGUGUCCGUCUGUGUUCUGGCGAAAAAGCAAGUUCUUUUCAUCAUCGCUUCAGGAGCUUUUGGUGGAACCACACGCUCAAGAGUCUCCACUGUCGAGUACCAGCUCAUAGAGCCCUUUGUGGGGGGCGCAUCGCUGGAAUACGUGAGAACAUUGGUGAACAACAACAUGAACCUGGAAACCUUCGUCUCGCUGGAUCCAUCUGUUGUUUUGGCCUUGAGCGUAGACGAAGUUCGUGAUCUUUUGGGCACCAACUUGCCGAACUUAAAACUUUACGAAAACCAUGAACUGGUGAAAGAAUGGAUCCAAAAACAAAGGCAAUCUGAGCUCGAUAGACUGGGAGUGGGGCUCCAAGGAGGUUUACCUGACGGGGAAACCGCAGAUAGUCCCACAAACGCUCCAGCAGGCCCCACAAACGCUCCAGGAGGCCCCACAAACGCUCCAGGAGGCCCCACAGUCAACUCGAACCAGCCAUCAGCCACACCUACUGCAGGCUCCGGUGGUACCCGCGUGGGAGAAGAGCUCGGUGUGCUCUUCCUCCUCAUCCUCCUCUUCACAUCUACUGUAUGACUGACAGACUGAAGAAUUAAAAAAAAAAAAACUCAGAGUAACCUCUUUAUAUAACCUAGAGAUUCCCAACAGUUGAUCAUUAGGUGUGCUGCUGGAUAUCCUCCAAUUUCAUUUGAUUGCUUCAAAAA